ACCCAAAGGCAAUUAAGGGUAAAGAACGAAAAAACUUGAUAAAACUUUUUUGCUCUUUACACUAAGCGGAAAGAUAACGUGAGUUGAAAUUAAAGGAAUUAAUUUAGAUAAUGCGAAUACAUGUGGAGAUACAGUUCAAGCGAACAUGGUUGGUCACUUUAUUUUGAACGAUCCAAGUUCGUGAGAAGAAGUUCUAAUAGCGACUGGGGAUGGGGGCCGCGCCGGGCUCGGGCUGGGAGGAGGGGGAGUUCGAGUUCAAGUUGGUGUUCGAGGAGGAUCCGCCGAGCCAGCUCCGCGGCCCAUCCGCUCUGCACAGCACCGAUCAACAACACAGCUCAGCGGAGAAAACAGAGGGAGUGCGGGAUGAACAUCAUGAGUCCAUCACUGUCUCUGAUACCCACCUGACCUCCAUGCACAUUGGCCAGUCAAUGGGAAUCCCAUCCCCUUCAUCAUCAGCCAGUAACAGGGCUGGGAUGCAUUCCCCGCCUCCCAGACGGGCACUGGUGCGGGAGUUCAGUGGGACAUAUGAGAGUCUCCCUGCUCGCUCAGUCCAGGUUUCAGAGUCUAGGGUUUUGGAGUGCCCCAGUAUUCAGAUCACAACAAUCUCUCCAGAGGAUGAUUCUGGUGUACUAGGAGGCAGCUACUGGGAUACCAGCAGUGGCUGGGACAGAGAGCGACUUUAUUUGCCCCUGCUCGACCCCUUCUGCUAUCGAGACAGCAUGACAGGGGCAGGUUCCCUCAGCCCUAGCCCUGCCUCCAGUCCCUCCUCCCGUGGCUGGUUGAGUCCUGCAUCCAGCUGUGAUUCACUACUGGUGGAGGAGGAAGAUCUUAGCGAAGCUGCUGCCCACUUCUGCCUCUCACCCUCCUCACGCCCCACCUCUCCUGGGGCCAAGAAGCGAAGGAACUCUCCACUGGCCUCCCCCAGCUCAUCCCGCAGGAGUAGCUACUCUGAGGAGCACCCCUCCCUCCUGGAGACAGGCGAGAGUGCUUCGCAUUGUCUGGGGCCAACCAGCAGCUGUGAGCUCAACAUACCACAGAAGACCAGGAAGACAUCUUUAGAGCAGGUCUCCUCCAGGGAGGUGGAAUCGGAUCAGAAUACAGUUCCCACCAACCCCUGCCCCAUCUCAGAGCCAGCACAACUUAGGAGGGAGCCACCAGCACUGAGCAUGGACUACCUGUCUGUGCCACCUGCCCUGGGCUGGGGUAGGACCCGUGCCAGUGCCCACAGUCCAAUAUUCAGGUCUAAUGCGUUACCGCCUCUCGACUGGCCCCUGCCCUGCCAGUUUGACCAGUAUGAGCUGCGGAUUGAGGUGCAGCCACGCCCUCACCACCGUGCCCACUACGAAACUGAGGGAAGUCGAGGGGCAGUGAAGGCAUCGCCGGGAGGACAUCCUGUAGUGAAGCUGGUAGGGUAUGGAGAGCGACAACCUCUCUCCUUACAGGUGUUUGUGGGAACUGCAGAUGACAGAUCAAUUCGGCCUCAUCCAUUCUAUCAAAUACACAGGGUGACAGGGAAGACCGUGGGAACAAUUAGUCAAGAAAGCAUGCAGGCUGGCACUAAACUCCUGGAGAUCCCCAUGAACCCUGAGACUAACAUGACUGCACUCAUUGAUUGUGCUGGGAUCCUGAAGUUGAGAAACUCAGAUAUUGAGCUGAGGAAAGGAGAGACAGAUGUUGGGAGGAAGAACACACGUGUGCGUUUGGUCUUUCGCACGCACCUUCCUUUGGCCCCGCCUCUCGCCCCAUCAGGGCGGGUCUUAGCUCUGCAGGUGGCAUCCCUACCGAUCGAGUGUUCCCAGCGCUCUGCUCAGGAGUUGCCUAUUGUGGAGUCCAUUAGUCUGACUUCCUGCUCUGUGGAUGGAGGGGAGGAGCUUCUGGUGGGAGGGACCAACUUCCUCCCUACAUCGAGAGUGUUCUUCAUGGAGAGAGGCUCUGAUGGUAAACUCCAAUGGGAAGAGGAAGCGCACGUGGACCAGGACAAAAGCAGUGAGGGUGUGCUGUGUGUGCGAGUGCCCACAUACAGUGAUGCAUCUGUGAGUCAGCCUGUUGCUGUUUGCCUGUAUGUGUCUAAUGGGAAGAGGAAGAGGAGCAGCACACACUGCUUCAAAUACCUCCCCAUCAUGUUUAAAGAAGAGGAUCCUUUGUUGUCUCAUCCAUCUCUGUUGCCCCUGGAGGGGGUAACUCUUUGUCCUGCUAGGGGCAUCGGUGUCGCAGAUAGGGCUCUGCAUCUGGGAUCUGAUCCAACCACUGAUGAGAGAGGCAUGUCCAUUCACCUGCCUCCCUAUCAGAGCGAAUUCCCCUACCCCUCACAGGGCUACCAGGAGGAGUAUGGCACCAAGCAUGAGGCGCCAGAUAACAGUGGGAGCCGGGGGCCACUGAAUGAGCGAAACCCCAGCUUCGAGAGCCUGGAGCUAGGCUUCACUGAGCUCCUUCCUCCCCUAUAUGCUCAUGCCCCACAGCCACCUUCGCCUGCCCCGUCUCCAUCUCCAUGGCUGGACUCUCCCUACCUCUCCUCCUCCCCCUCUCCCUCCCACUCCUCCUCUCUGAGCCCGUUCCCUGCCAGCAGCCCCAUUUCCUCCUCCCCCCUGCCUCCUCUGUCUCACUCGCCGUACCCCCAAUGCCCCUAUCCACAGGAGAUGUGUUCCUCCCCUCCAUCCAAGCCUAGGCACUAUCAGGAGUUAGGCGCUCCUCCCUACGUGUCAUACGACGGCUGGGAGCAGCAGCGUCCAGCUGCCAAGGACGAUGAGGCUGCUGACACGCUGGAGCUACAGGAGGGUCCUCUGGGUUUCACCAGCCCUCCACCAAUGCAGCACAUCACACUGGAGGAAGUGAAUGAGUUCAUUGGUGAAGACAUCAGGGCUUUUCAGACCGGGCCUCACAUAGACAGCAGACCUGGAUAACAACAUUCUGCCUCUCAUAAGCCAAAAUGUUCUGCCAUAAUAAGUGCAUUAUUAAUAUCAUAUCACUCCUUUAUGUACAAGUUUAUAUUUGUUUAUAUAUUGGUCAAAUAAUGCGAUAUGCAGUACUGGCUGUGUGCUAAGUCAGAACACAAGGGUACAACUGUAAUUAUGUUUAUAGAUACCUGUUACUUCAUUGCAACUGCAACUCUGAACAGAACUAAUGUUUUUAAUCUGUUUUCAAAAUAAAUUAUCUUUGCAGUGUC